AUGAGCGCAGCUUCUUCCGCAGGCUUGAAUGGCCAAGCUGCGGCUCUCAGCGCGGCUAGUCGGCCAGCUCCGAUGCAGAGAAUGCCUUCGCGGAUCACAGGCCCAACUGAGCCCGCUACUUCCGCGCCUCUCGGAGUCACUGCCGAAGAAAUGGUGUUGGACCUGGCAGAUGGCACCUCGUACAAAGGUAUCAGCUUCGGAGCAAAGAAGAGCAUCAGCGGAGAAUGCGUGUUUCAGACUGGUACGUCUGAUGCCCUUAGCUCGCGACCCACUAAAGGGAUGUCGCUUCUGACAGCGUUGCCCUUUGUGCGAAAUGAUGAACAGGUAUGGUAGGAUAUGUCGAGUCCCUCACAGAUCCUUCUUACGAAGGUCAGAUCUUGGUGCUCACUUUCCCUUUGGUGGGCAACUAUGGUGUGCCUUCUCGGCAAGAAGCAGAGUCAUCGAUCCAGUCUCUGCUGGCUUCUCCCUUCGAGUCCAGCCGCGUUCACAUUGCAGGUUUGGUCAUCUCGUACUACAGCCACGACUUUAGUCAUUACCUCGCUCAAUCGAGUCUGGGUCAAUGGCUCACGGAGCAAGGCGUGCCCGCAAUCUAUGGCAUCGACACGAGGGCUUUGACCAAGCGCAUUCGCAGCAAGGGUAGCAUGCUCGCUAGAUUGCUCGCUCGACGAUCUGCCCAGGAAGUACAAGCGAUCAGGUCUACACUCGGACCAAGCGUGCCCACCACUCCUGCCGCCGAGCUUGCAGGUAAUCCACUCGCUCUGACGCCGUGGCGAGCAGAGUUUGAAGACAUUCCCUUUGCCGAUCCGAACAGUCUGAACCUCGUGGCAAAGGUCAGUUUGAAGCAAGCUCACCUGUACACUCCGGCCAACACGAGCUCAGGUGGAUCUCUGGCCAAGGUGGCGUCGCCUCUUUUGCAUCCCUCGGGUCGACCCAUUCGCAUUCUCGCCUUAGACGUCGGCAUGAAGUAUAACCAGAUCAGGUGCUUCACAAGCCGAGGCGCGGAACUGAAAGUCGUCCCUUGGGACCACGACUUCCUGAACGGCGAAGCGGAGCCUUUCGAUGGUCUCUUCAUCUCCAAUGGACCUGGUGACCCUACGAGCUGUGCGCCUACCAUCGCGCGCAUUAGCCAGUUGCUCAAGCGCACCGGAACCGACGCGAUUCCCGUCUUCGGUAUCUGCCUAGGCCAUCAGCUGCUGGCUCUGGCCGCUGGUGCGCAAACUGCCAAGAUGAAGUUUGGUAACCGCGGGCACAACAUCCCGUGCACAGAUCAGCUCUCGGGACGCUGCUACAUCACUUCGCAGAAUCAUGGUUAUGCUGUCCAAGCCUCUAGCCUGCCAGGCGGCUGGAAUGAGCUCUUUGUCAACGCUAAUGACGGGUCCAACGAAGGCAUCUACAGCACGCAGGGACCCUUCUUCAGCGUACAGUUCCAUCCCGAAAGCACGCCUGGACCAAGAGAUACCGAGUUCCUUUUCGAUGUCUUCCUCCGCAGUGUUGUUGACUGUGCCAUUGUCAAGUCUUCGGUAGGCGCUGCAGCAAAUACGCCGAAGCUGCUGCCACCAGUGCCCUUCGUCGGCGGCAAAGCAGCGGACAAUGCAGCUCGGAACCCACGCGUCAAUGUUCGCAAAGUCCUGGUGCUGGGAUCCGGAGGCCUGUCCAUCGGCCAAGCUGGAGAAUUCGAUUACAGUGGAAGUCAGGCCAUCAAGGCCCUGAAGGAGGAGGGUAUCUACACCAUCUUGAUCAAUCCCAACAUCGCUACCAUCCAGACAUCGGCCGGUCUCGCAGACAAAGUGUACUUCCUCCCAGUCACUCCGGAGUUUGUGCUCAAGCUGGUGCGUCACGAACGCCCAGAUGGCAUUUACGUCACUUUUGGUGGGCAGACUGCGCUCAACGUCGGUAUCGCGAUCAAGGAGGAGUUGGUAAAGAUGGGGGUGCGCAUUCUUGGUACACCGAUCGACACGAUUAUCACCACCGAGGACAGAGAGCUUUUUGCGCGCUCAAUGGAACAGAUUGGAGAACGAUGCGCGCCUUCGGCAAGUGCGGUCAACUGGGAAGAGGCUUUGGCGGCAAGCAAAAGUAUCGGCUUCCCAGUCAUUGUCCGUGCUGCCUUCGCCCUUGGUGGUCUUGGAAGUGGAUUCGCCAAGAACGAAGACGAGCUGCGCAAGCUGUGCGUAGCGGCCUUUGCCAACUCGCCACAAGUGCUCGUCGAGAAGAGUAUGAAGGGCUGGAAGGAGGUCGAGUACGAGGUUGUGCGCGAUUGCAGAGACAACACCAUUACGGUGUGCAACAUGGAAGUGAGUAAGAGUGUGGGACGUGGACUUACGUGACGUGUGCUAAUUGAAUCCAACGAUCUUACAUUGUUGCACAGAACUUUGACCCUCUGGGUAUCCACACUGGAGACUCUAUUGUCAUCGCGCCGUCGCAGACUCUCGACGACUCUGACUACAACAUGCUGCGCACUACGGCUGUCAACGUGAUCCGACACCUUGGCGUCGUUGGAGAGUGUAAUAUUCAAUAUGCGCUCAACCCCCACAGCAAAGAGUACUGCAUCAUCGAGGUGAACGCCAGACUGUCGCGCUCUUCUGCACUCGCCAGCAAAGCCACUGGCUAUCCGCUUGCCUUUAUUGCUGCGAAGCUUGGUCUGGGCAUCCCCCUAAACGAGAUCAGGAACAGCGUGACUCGCGAAACCUCGGCGUGCUUUGAGCCCAGCCUCGACUACGUGGUCUGCAAGUUCCCUCGAUGGGAUCUGCGCAAAUUCGUCCGGGUCAGCUCGAAGCUCGGCAGCUCGAUGAAGAGUGUCGGAGAGGUAAUGAGCAUCGGUCGAACCUUUGAAGAAGCCAUUCAAAAGGCUAUCCGGUCCAUCGACUUCCAGUUUGACGGCUUUGGCGAGGUGAGCGCUCGCUUGCUUCCUGACCCUGAGUGACGCAGAGCUUACGCAUGCUACCCAUCUGCAUGGCAGAAUACCUACGCAGCCGAUUCUGAAAUUGACGAAGAGCUCGCAAACCCAACAGACAAGCGCAUGUUUGCUAUUGCUAACGCUUUCGCAAAAGGCUACACCGUCGACCAAGUCCACGAGGCCUCUUCUAUCGACCGCUGGUUCUUGCGCAAAUUGAAGGGUCUCUCGGAUGCCGCCGUGAUUUUCCGCAAGUUCCAUGUGGGCAACCUCCCUCCCGAGGUCCUCGUCCAGGCCAAGCAGCUCGGCUUCAGCGAUCGUCAGAUUGGCGGUUUCUUGGGCAGCACCGAGCUCGCUGUCCGAAGCCUCAGGAAGGAGCACGGCAUCGCGCCUUUUGUCAAGCAGAUCGAUACCGUCGCAGCAGAAUUCCCCGCCUACACCAACUACCUCUGUAAGUCAGAUUCUCGUGCGAAUGGACUGAAUCGACGAAGACACUGAUCUUUGAUGAUGCUUCUGCAUCUAGACACUACCUACAAUGCUGCUGAGUCCGACGUCAGCUUCGAGGAUCGUGGAGUGAUGGUGCUGGGUUCGGGCGUUUACCGUAUUGGUAGCUCCGUCGAAUUUGACUGGUGCGCAGUCAGAGCCAUCCGCACUUUGCGCCAGCGCGGCUUCAAGACUGUCAUGGUCAAUUACAAUCCUGAGACGGUGUCGACGGAUUACGAUGAAGCAGACAGGCUCUACUUUGAGAAUAUUUCGCUCGAGACGGUCCUCGACAUCUAUGAUGCCGAAAAAGCUACCGGUGUGAUCAUCUCGAUGGGCGGCCAGACACCGAACAACAUCGCGCUGCCCCUGCAUCGUCAGAAUGUCAAGAUUUUGGGCACCUCGCCAGAGAUGAUCGACAUGGCCGAGAACAGAUACAAAUUCUCGCGUAUGCUCGACAAGAUUGGAGUCGACCAACCGCUCUGGAAGGAGCUCACAAGCUUUGAAGAAGCACACGAGGCUUGCGCGCGAUUUGGGUAUCCCGUCCUUGUCAGGCCGUCAUACGUACUCAGCGGAGCAGCGAUGAACGUCGUGUACUCGCCGGAAGAUCUCAGCAGCUACCUUGGCCAAGCCGCCGCGGUCAACCGCGACCAUCCAGUGGUCAUCACCAAGUACCUUGAAGGCGCGAAGGAAAUCGAGAUGGACGCCGUUGCCCGCGACGGAAAGAUGAUGAUGCACUUUGUCUCCGAGCACGUCGAAAAUGCCGGUGUCCACUCUGGAGAUGCCACGCUCAUCCUUCCGCCCCAAGACCUUGACCCUGAGACUGUGCGCCGCAUCGAGGUGGCCACAGCAAAGAUUGCGGCAAGUUUGCACGUCACGGGUCCGUUCAACAUUCAAUUCAUCGCCAAGAACAACGAAAUCAAGGUGAUCGAAUGCAACGUCCGGGCGGCACGCUCUUUCCCCUUCGUUUCCAAAGUCUCGGGCGUCGACGCCAUCCAGAUGGCUACGGAUAUCAUGCUGGGCCUUCCGGUCGACCCUUAUCCACCUUUGCAGAUGCCCUCUGGCGGUUAUGUGGGCGUCAAGGUGCCUCAGUUCUCCUUCUCACGUCUCGCCGGCGCGGACCCUAUUCUUGGUGUCGAGAUGGCAUCGACCGGAGAAGUCGCUUGCAUGGGUCGCAACAAGUAUGAAGCCUACCUGAAGGCCAUGAUUGCGUCAGGUAUCAAGCUGCCCACCAAGAACGUCCUGCUCUCCAUCGGAUCGUUCAGCGAGAAGCAGGAGCUGCUACCUGCUGUGCGCACCCUACAUGCUCUGGGAUUCAACCUCUAUGGUUCUUCGGGCUCAGCCGACUUCUAUUCCGAGCAUGGCGUCCCUGUCAUUCACCUCGAGGCUCUUCCGGAAGACGAUGAGUGGAAGGGCGAAGAGGGCAGCAAGGCGGCAUACUCGUUGCUCACCCAUUUGGAUCAAGGCCUUUCCUCAUUGUUCAUUAGCUUGCCCUCGAAAAACAAAUAUCGCCGACCUGUCAACUUCACUUCUAUGGGCUACAGAGCUCGUCGAUUGGCCAUCGACCGCAGCAUCCCUCUAAUCACCAACGUCAAGAACGCCAAGCUCUUCGUCGAGGCUAUCGCGAGACACCGUGCUGCUGGAGCCAACUUUCAAAUCGCGAGCGUCGACUUCAAAACGAGCCAUAAGAGCCACAUCUUCCCAGGUCUGGUCAACGUUGCUGCUUACGUGCCUAGCUUGGCAGAUCCGCAAGCGGGCGCGCGUGACCUCGCGGCUGUCACAAAGGCCUCUCUGGCCAACGGUUUCACCACAAUUCAGGUGUUGCCCAUGGGCCUGAGAUUUGGCAACGCAGCCAAUGGCAUCUAUGACGAAGCCUCCCUGGCAACCGCCGAGGGCAAGGUGCCUGGCGCCGCUCACUGCGAUGUCGCUCUGUCGAUUGCGGCAUCUUCAGAUAACGCUACUGAGCUGCAGGGCAUCUCAUCGCGCGCUCGCGCGCUAGUCGUCUCCCCCGACGCACUUGGCACCGACGCCGGAAAGGUGGCAGCCAUUUCGGCUCACUUUGCAAGCUGGCCAGAGGCUCGUCCAAUCAUCACGGAUGCUCACGGCAGUGACUUGGCUUCUGUGCUACUGCUCGCAAACCUUCAUGGCCGAAGCGUGCACGUUACAGGAGUCAUGAGGCGUGACGAUAUUGGUCUGAUUGCGCUGAGCAAGAGCAAGGGCAUGAAGGUCACUUGCGACGUUGCCGUCUACUCCCUCUUCUUCUCCACGGAGAUGUACCCUCAAGCUAGCUGCCUUCCUGGCGCUGACGAUCAAGCCGCGCUGUGGGACAACUUAGAGACUAUCGACGUCUUCUCGGUCGGCAGCACCCCAUACCGACUUGCUCUGGAGCUAGGCGAGGUCCCGUCGCCAGUGACAGGUAUUCAGGAGACGUUGCGACUGCUCCUCGACGCGGUUAAUGAACACCGGUUGACGCUCGACGAUGUCAUUGCACGUCUGAGCACCAAUCCCAGAGAAAUCUUCUCGUUUGCUGACCAGCCGGACACGCGCAUCGAGGUGGAUGUUGAUAGACCUGCAGUGCUUCUCAAGCAACCACACUGGUCUCCGUUGGAUGGACGCUCGACAGUCGGGUUCAUUCAUCGCGUCAUUGUGCGCGGCAAGGACCUUGUGGUCGAUGGCGAGAGCUUGUCGGAUGGCGGGGUUGGCGCAAACGUCUCGGGGAUCCUUGGCGUACCCUCGUCCAAAGCUGCCAUAGCCGCAAAGGGUACCUCUGCCCUUCGCAGAGUCUCGUUCUCCUCGAGCACAGCUGCAGGACUGCGAAGCGGCACCUUGGGAUCUGCGAUCGAGCCGCCAUCUUCUCCUCCCGCUCUCGCCCUCGGUGAUGCCAAGUCGCCGAUUGUUGGCUCUACGGAUCUUGUGCCCGUUUCUCAGCGACAGAGUCUCAUGUCCACGCUAGCGGCCGGCGAUCUCACAUCGACUCCUGCUCUCGAUGCUCGACUUCCAUCCAUCCGAUCGAUGCUAGUUCACCCCACCUUUACACGUCGCCACAUCCUUAGCGCAAGGCAAUUUAGUCGCGAUGAUCUCCACGCGCUGUUCACGGUCACUGCGGAGCUGCGCUUGCAGGUCGAGCGCCAUGGCGUCAUCGAUGUGUUGAAGGGACGCGUUCUCACCACGCUCUUCUACGAGGAGAGCACGCGCACAUCGUGCUCCUUCGAAGCGGCCAUGACGCGCGGCGGAGGCAACGUCGUAGCAGUCAACACGUCUAGGUCAAGCGUGCAAAAGGGAGAAAGCCUGGCGGACACGAUCCGCACGGUCGGCGCGUACACAGACGCAGUGGUCUUGCGGCACCCCAACAUCGGAAGCGCAGAAGAGGCGGCAAAAGCAAGCCCAGUGCCCAUCCUGAAUGCAGGCGAUGGCGCCGGCUCGCACCCGACUCAAGCGCUCUUGGACAUCUACACGAUCCGCGAAGAACUGGGAACGGUAUCUGGUUUGACGGUGACGUUGCUUGGCGAUCUGAAAAAUGGCCGCACCGUUCACGCGCUGGUCGACCUGCUGGCGCUUUACGGAGCCACACUCAAUUACGUCGCUCCUCCUGGUCUUGGCAUGCCAGAAGAGAUCAAGCGCGCCUUGGCCAAGAAAGGUGUGCGUCAGUAUGAGACACAAAAUGUGGAGGACGUCAUCUCUUCCACAGAUGGUGAGUGCCACCUUAUGAUCUGCUCUUCUUGGUAAGCCUUAGCUGACCGACUUUUGCGUCAACAUUGCAGUGCUAUACGUUACUCGCAUCCAAAAGGAACGCUUCGCGACGACCGAAGCAUACGAGGCGGUCAAGGGUAGCUACAUCGUCGAUCAACGUCUGCUCAGCCGAGCCAAGAGGCAAAUGGUGGUGCUGCACCCCUUGCCACGCAACGAGGAGCUCAGCGAAGACGUAGUGUUUGAUGAACGUUGCGCUAUCUGGAGACAGGUCAAGAACGGUCUCUACGUGAGACUAGCACUGCUCGCCAUGGUGCUCGCGUAG